UAUAUUAUGUGAAUCGAUUCACAUAAAUAAUAGCACCGGGGUGUAAUAAUUGUACUAUAUCUAGUACAUCAUUGAUUAAAACACAAAAAGAUCAAAAUUAUUAAUAUUCUAGAUAUGGUUUACUAGUAGAGCAGAUAAGUCAGUGAAAAUACCGUCAAUAGAAAUCGGCCCCUCUUGUAUCUGUAUGUUUCAGUGAUAACCGUGAAUGGGAGUGUAUACGGUAGCAUCUGUCACACAUUAAGAAUAAAUUUUUCAUGAAUACAGCUCGGAUUGUGUGUAAAGACUGCCAAACAACAAUUUACUGAAAUUUUAUCCUUUUUAAAUGUACAAUUAAACGUCCCAUCUAACCUUUAGUCGCUAUGGGGGAACAACCAAUAUUCUCCUGCAAUGCUCAUGUUUUUCACAUUGACCCCAAAACUAAAAGGACAUGGAUAACCGCCAGUUCCAAGGCGAUUUCUGUUAGCUUUUUCUAUGACUCUUCCCGGAAUCUCUACCGCAUUAUUAGUGUAGAAGGGAGCAAGGCGGUAAUCAAUUCAACUAUAACCCCGAACAUGACAUUCACUCAAACAUCACAGAAGUUCGGUCAGUGGAGCGACGUACGGGCCAACACCGUGUAUGGCUUGGGUUUUGCAUCCGAAGCUGAACUAGGAAAGUUCAUAGAGAAGUUUCAAGAAGUAAAAGAAGCAACCAAAAAUGCACUCAACAAGGCUUCCACCAAUGGAAAUUCAACAGUUACUUCCGCCAAUGCUUCGCCCGUUACGGCGCGCUCUUCAAUGUCCAACAGCGAUAGUUUUGACCCCAACAACGUCGAUGCACCGAUUCCCGCUACUGGGAAUGUGCCUGCGACAAUCAAAACUGAAAGCCCUUCUCAUCCCCCAACCAACGAUGCGCUCAACAAUGCAAAUACACUCAGCAAUGAACUGAAACAGAUGUCCAUCAAUUCUUCAUCCAGCGAUGGAAUGACAACAUCGUCUGCAGAACAACAGCUCAAAUACGAAAACGAACGAUUAAAGCUGGCCCUUGCUCAAAGUUCGGCAAAUGCCAAAAAGUGGGAAAUCGAGUUGGCUACCCUGAAAAGUAACAAUCUACGCUUGACCAGCGCUUUACAGGAAUCCACCGCUAACGUAGAUGAAUGGAAACGCCAGCUGCACUCCUACAAAGAAGAGAACCAACGGUUAAAAAUUCGUUACCAAGAGCUUGAAGCAUCCAAGGGUGGCAGCACAACCGGUGGCGCUCCCUCGGGAUCUGCUGCCGCAACCACUGAAAUGGCCGAUGAACUCCGCCGUGAGAUCGCUCUGCUAAAAAGUCGGAUUGAAGAUUUGGAAAAGGAGCUAAUGAAUCAGGAAAUCGAACUGAAGGCAGCCAACAAGAGCUUAAAAGACAAGCAAAACGAUCCGACGGUUAAACAGCUUACAACACUGUGUAGUCAAUUCUCUGUGCACAUAACUGAACUAAACGGGCUUCAAAAAGAAAUGGAAAAAGUCAUCCAAACUCAUCACAAGGCCACUUGAGAAUUAUAUGAGAAAAAUAUACAAACCAAGAAAUUCACAGAUGUCAAGAAUGUUCUCGAAGAUUGCCAAAAGGAUGGCAAUUUGGUGAAACCUUUCAACAAUAAUGUUACCGCCAACAACAACGAUGAGGUUGACCGUAAAUUAGACUACAAACCAUAUACUCUACUCGCUAACUGUAGCGCACUUACUAACGCAUACCAACAACCAGUUGAAAGCAGUACAACUGAUGCACAAAAACGGUAUUUAGCAAAUGCACCAAAAACUGUAAUUCCUAAUCGAGCUAACUCCGGCAUCGUUCUGAUUACCGCCAAACUAAACCAGUCUGAUGAAAGCAAACUGAUCCAAUACAAUGUCAGUGGCAGCAGCAGCACCAAUACCUUAAGUAAAACCAACCUGGAGAAAUUCAAUUCUGUUCAAAUGGCAACGACAGAAGAUCUCACUUCUCUGACCGCACAGAAACAGGCAACUAUUGGUACCAACGAACAGCAGCAGCAACAACAACAACCCAAAACAGCUACCAUUUUGGUUUCAAAAUCGAAAACGAAAACUGGACUUCCACUUCUGCUGAAGAAAUCCAAAUAGCGACUUUUAAAGUUUUAAGUUUUUACAAUCUCGUUUGCGAAUCUUACGUAGGCACAUAAAUAUGUGUAUUUUCCAUUAGCCAUAGUUAUAGUCAAGGGCUGUUCAUAUAGUUCACACAUUCGUGUCGAAUUCAUUGUAAUCUUCUCCUUAUAAAAAUGCUAAGCAUUUUUUUAAGUCUGAUGAUGAACAAUAUGACUUAUGAACAGUCGCUUUAAUAUAACUUAAAAAAGGAGUAAUUUUAUAUUAUUAACCGCCUGAGAUUUACCCACAUUUUAUUUUAUCUUUAGUAAUGAAGAUUUUUAUUAGACUCACUAGUAUACCUUUAAAGAAAAAGGUUUAGAUAGAUUUACAGCAUUUUAAUGUAUAUUACACACACAAUGUUUUAAGUGACUACAAAGCAGAUUAUGAUUUUGGAUUUGUUUUUAUCCAGUGUUUUGUUAUUACCAAAGAUUUAUUGUAGAAUAAACUCAUUCAACUUUAUGUAUUGUGAAGUAUUCAGCGCCGUUGAUUCCAUAGAAAAUAACGCAUUUAAAUAUAACUCUAAUAACAAUCUAUAACGAAUGUUAUUUGUCAUGUAACAAUAGUAUGAAUAUAUAUCGAUGAGCAGCCAUUUUACGUUACUCACAGGGUAGAUGAAAAAUUUUACUGGUCACAAAUAGUAUUUAUAUCAUUUUAAUCAGAUAUUAUAGAAUAAUUUUUCGUUCAAGCAAGUUUAAAUAAUCAAAAUGAAUCAAAUAUAGCGUAGUUAAAAGUAUAGUGGUUUUGAUUUUGUGAUGUAGGGAACGUGUUAAGGAUAAUUCAAACUUGAUAAUGCUCCCAACGGCAUGUAUCUUUUAUAAUCUCUUAUUUCCAUUACACAAAUAAAGAACGUUUGGUUUGAA